UGGAGCCACUUGAUGGAAGCACUCACUCAACAAUUCUGAAUUUAACUCACACGUAAAAUGAACUCCAAUGUCACAUUGUUGGUGUUUGUGGUGGGCACCAUCGUCACCGGGUGCCUCAACUCGAUCUUCACCAAGUACCAAGACAACCAGUGUGUGGACAAUUGCCUGGACCCUGAUGUGUCGAACCAUCACACAUUCCAACAACCAGCCCUUCAGACCCUCCAGAUGUUCGUAGGAGAAAUGCUCUGCUACGUCGUGUACUAUCUUAUGUACCGCACGUCACUCUUGAGCUUUGGUGCCGACGGGUACAAGCCCAUCGGGGAAGAUGCUGAUUUGCCGCAGUUGCCGUUGGCUAGUUCGUUGAAGUUAAGUGUACCUGCCAUUUGUGACUUGGUGGGAACCACCAUGUUGCACUUCGGGUUAAUAUUCAUCCCUGUGUCAGUUUACCAGAUGAUCCGGGGCUCGUUGGUGUUAUUUGUGGCAUUUUUAUCGGUGGUUUUUUUAAAGAGAAAAGUCACCCGCUUGGAGUGGCUCGCGUUGGUAAUUGUGACUGGUGGAAUUACGUUGGUGGGGUUGAGUGGCUCGUCGCAGGGCGAUGGUGCGGCCGAAGGUACCUCGAAAAUGGUGAUGGUGGGGCUUGUGUUGGUGGUGGUGGCCGAGUUGUGUCAGGCAUUCCAAUUUGUGGUGGAAGAGCACCUCUUGAGAAAGAAUCCCAUAAUGCCAUUGCAAUUGGUAUAUUUCGAAGGCUUCUACGGGGCCGUGGUAUUGGCAGUGGCGUUGGUGGUGUUAUACUUUGUCUUGGGUGCCGUGUUGGACCCAUCUGAUUUUGAACACCUGCCAUUCAACAUGAAAGAAGGCCUUUCGCAGAUGCUUGGUUCCUACCACAUUAUGGGCGCACUGGUGUUGAUAAUGCUCUCGAUCUCGUCGUUCAACUUUUUUGGCAUUUCGUUGACGUUCCACUUGUCGGCAACUUCCAGGUCCACUAUCGAUGCCUGUAGGACGUUAAUGGUGUGGUUGUUGGCUAUGAUAAUGGGAUGGGAGUCAUUCCACUUUUUGCAGUUUGUUGGUUUCGGGUUGUUGGUGUUUGGAACCUUGUGCUUCAAUGGGGUUUUGACACCCGAGGAGUGGUCGUGGGUGCCCGGUGUUCUCAAGUCGUCUGUCGAUGUGGCUCCACUUGAGGAGCCAGUUGACAGAAUUUAGGUAGGUAAUAUAUGUGUGGUCGUGCGU